AUGACAGCCCACUUGUACUUUGCAAGGUCACACUCUAUCUGGGCAUUUGCAACAUUUAUACACGGACAGACCCAAUUCCCAGAAUUCAGUAUAGUGGUUAUGCUGGAUGAUGUUCAGGUGCUCUACUAUGACCACGACAUGAAGAAACUGAUCUCUCGAAGCCAAACAAGCUCAACAAAUGUAGUUGAAGAUAUUAUCCUUAUAGGAGUUCAUGUUCAUCAGGAGCUGGCUGGAUGUGUGCUGGACAAUGACAAGCCCAGCCCACUCAUGGCGUGGGAUGCUUAUGAUGGAACAGAAGUGGCUCAUUACGACAUGCAUAAUCACACUGUCAACCCUCUAUGGCCACAGUUUAUGUGGUCCACACUGCAAGAAAAAACCGUUCAAAUGCUAUGUAUAGAUAUUUUUCUGCCUAUUUGUAUCCAAACACUGAAGUACUAUCUGGAGAAAGAGAAGAACAUUGUGUUUAGAAAAGAGCGCCCCAGAGUCAGGCUGAUCCACAAGCCAUGCACUGAGACUGGAGAAAUGAAGGUGAGCUGUCUGGCCAUGGGCUUCUACCCCCGACACAUCAACCUGACCAUGCUGAGAGACGGGCAUCCCAUCCCAGAUGAGGAGCUGAUUCUGGGGGAGGUGUUACCCAAUGGAGACGGGACAUACCAGACAAGGAGGACCCUGAGUAUCCAUUCAGAGGAACUGAGAGAGAGACAUAAUUACACCUGCUCUUUCACACAUCUUACUCUGGACAACAAGCUGGACAUAAACUGGGAGGAAGGCUCAGAUGUUGCAGUCAUCAGUUCUCUGGUUGUAGUGCUGGUUUUGGUUCUUGUCUUUACCAUCCCUGUAUUUGUCAUCUAUAAGAGGAGACGCAAAGUCACUUUGUAGUUUCCUCGCCCUCCUUUCUGAGAGUUGACCCUGCAUCAUGACUGCUUGCUAAAGUUUCAGAGUCAGAAGACACAGCUUCCUGUUCCUGUUUGUUCACACCACUGCCAUCAAGUGCACAAGUGUACUAUUAUCUGCUUGACAACAUAAUAGAGUCAGAAGACAAAGCUUCAAGCCUCCAUUUGCUCCCAACAAGUGCAGGCUAUUAUGUGUGCGUCAACAUAUAGGCUGCAGCACCUCUUAUUCUAUUUAUACCUGUCAAGUUAAUUAUUCUGCAAUUUACAGUUAUGUAUAUUUUAAUAUUGAAUAAUGUCAUUGAUUAGAAGGACAUGAGAGACAGAGACAGAGGGUGUUUCUCAGUACCAAGAACGUGAUGUAAGGACUCGGGUCCUUGUGAAGUAGCUCCUUUCGGGAGACCGCACUUCAAGAACACAAGGGCAGAGAAUGCAGUUGUAUGUAUUAGAGAUGCAAUAU